AUGAGUCUCGGCCGCUUGUUCGGCGGGUUAGUCCUUGGCCUGCUCAGCUUUGGAGCAGUCGCUUCCACUACUGCUUCCCAGGGACUCAUCGCCGAAAAUACGAUUGCCAAUGGCACUGCUACUGCUCCAGCAGUGCUGGAGAGCUCAGCCAGAAUGAUAAGUGUCACAAAUACGACACUGAUCACGAAAUUUGUCUCCAGUGUCGACAUGCCAAACGAUUUAGAGGCACCGCAAAUCAAGGCUUACCGGACGACAUGUAUCACCACUCUCAACACUAUUCGAUGCCACGACGCCGAUCGAAACGAUGCCACGCCGUUCACCCCAACGAGGGUCACCUUCACGGACAUCUACGAGACCGGUCACAGUUUUGUUACUUCGGUUUAUACCACUCAAGCUGUGGCGACCAUGGCUAUUCCGAAAUCGAAGCCUCCGGCCAUAAUGGGCGACCCGAAAUACGGAAUCAACGCUACUGUCACCCUGAGCACGGACACGAGAGAUAGAAUCUUUGAAAAGAUGCAAAGCGCAUGCUUCGAAGGUGGCCACCACCUGCGCAAGCGUCAACAUCCGCAAAAUGGGCUGUACUGCGAUAUCUCUCGUGAACUUGAAGCUGGCCUCUACGACAAGCUUGGAGGGGAAAUUACGGCCCAACUGGGCGACGUCCUCAUUCCACCAGAAUGGGCCGCUUAUUUCCUGUCUGCCAUGAUCGAUCAGCAUACCAUCAACCGAGCAUACCAGCUCGCUACGGCGUUCGCUAUCAUGAGAGCUGGUUAUCAAAUUGGCGACGCCCUGAAUUGGGAGGUCUCUGUGCCGCUGUACUCGUUCCAGAAUAUGAUUCGGGCGCUCACUGGAGGAGCAUCGGGAACUGCAACCUCAGCGACGAAGACGACGACGUCGGACAGAUGUGCGAUGUGCACGAACCCGACGGUUUGCCAUAUCAAUCCCAACGACGAUCAGGGCACCAACGGAGACAAGGAGGAUGCGGUAUGGCCGUUCCCCAGAGCCAGCGGCCUUGUCACGACAGCUCUGAACUUUCUCUGCCGACAAGGCGUGGAGCAAGCAAAUUCACAAACCUGGUGCAACUGUGGGAAGACAAGAUACAUCACGCACAAGUAUGUCUACACCAGCGACGUCAAAGGCUCAAAGACGGUUCUUACGGAUAACUGCCCGUACACCACAACACCGGCCCCAAAGCGCAUGCUGUACACGCCGCCAUCGAACCCUCCUGUCUCGGAUCCUCGCAUUGUCACUGCUCCGAUCACCAAUACGUUCAAGUGCAGUUCUCAGACCACAGCAGCCGGCGAUUUCCACACCUCCUGGUGCGCCUGUCCCGAUGGCAAGAACUACGUGAUGACCAAGAAUGUCUAUGGCAUUUCAACCAAAGGCAGCACAAGCUGGACAACUUCGACCUGCGGCUACACCAAAGCGCCAGCCAUCGGUGGCGACGUAAUGACCGCACCACCGCCUCCACCAACACCGACCGGUCCGCCACCAAAAGGCUGGUGUUCCACUGGAGAAGCCAUCCACUGGGAACGCGCCGCUGCAUCUUCCGUGGUCACCAAAUUCUGCAGCCAGAUGUCCGCUUCGUACAAGACCUACGCCGGAUCUAAGGAUAUUAACACACUCGAGGGCAACCACAAAUCCUGGGACGGCAGCAAAUCUGAGCGCUCCUACCCCAUGAAGACUUCUGUUCCUGAGGCCAUCCCCAACCCAAAGGACCCAAACGCGAUGAAGAUUCGCAUCACACACGACCAGAAAUCGUGCAACGCUACGCAGAAAGACACAGGCUGUCACUUCGAUUUUCGCGCGGGUGUCAAGCGUUGCGAAUACUUCCUCCAAGCAGCGAUGGGUUCGUGUAAGACGUAUAAGGUUUACAUGAAUCCGGGCAGCAUCUUCGGGGGCUGGGAGAAUUACCUGGGCAAAGAAUGGGUGCCGGAAGCGGGGGUCAAGGGCGAUGGUAUCAAGUGGGAGAUAUUGCCGGGUAAGAAGUGCAAGGAGCCGCCGGCGGAUGGGAAGAAGCCGAAAGGUGGAGAUAAGGCUUUGAGGUGUUGGCAGGCGGACUGGAUGGAGCAGGUGGAUGAUUGA